GGACACUGGGAUACUCUGAUAGGCCGCUAUUCAACACUCACAAGACUUUAAGUGUUGGAACUAGUUGUAAAUAUGGCGGCCCCUGGGAAAAUGUUAGUGCGAUCAAAAAGUGGCCUUCGCACCGUCAGUUUAGAGGAAGAUGUCUCUAGUCCAUUCCUGUUAGAUGAACCACCAUGGAUACCAGAUAAUGAGUGCUCCAGCUGCAUCCAGUGCCAAAAGAAGUUUGAUUGGUCAUGUAGAAGGCAUCACUGUCGCAGAUGUGGCCGUAUAUUCUGUAGCAGUUGUUGUGACAACAGUGCCCCAUUGCCACGCAUGAGUUUUGUUGACCCAGUACGUCAAUGUGCCGACUGUGUGCUCAAGACAAAGAGAGAAAAUGAUUUCUUUGAAAAAUAUGUUAAAACUUUAAUCAAUGGUGCCACGUUUCAUGUGAAGAGAAUGGUCAACAACCAGGAGACACUGGAUGUCUCUGUCUGCAAGAUGUCAGCUGAUCAAAGAUAUAUUACAUUUGAAGGAGGAAAUGGUCUGGAACCAAUCAACCUCACCCGCCUGGAAGGAGUACAGAUCAUCACGUCUGGAGCUGAUGCACAGGGGAACACAGUUGCAUCCGGCAUAUCACUUAAGUUCAGCAACCGACAAGGAGAUUUACAGAAACUGCAGCUGUCAGCACCAGAGACCACAAACAAACGACCCUGUCUUCUCUGGAUAGCUGCUAUGCAAAAGGCUGUGAAAUUACUGUAUGAAACAAGAGGAGUUAGUGCAACUACCCCUGUUACACCCUAGCCAUUCUGACACCUGUCAAUCACUAGUCAGGCUACACCCACCUAUUGUGUGACAUCGUAGGACAAACAAACAGCGAGGUACAUUACAAAGGAUAAUAUAUGCCAAAAGGACCAUACUUCUUGCAUGAAAUAUGAUAUAACUUACACAAGAAUGAAAUUCAGAAAUAACAGUAAGACAUAUAUGGUAUAACAUAAAAACAGCUUUUUCACAUGCACAUUAAAAGUGAAAGCAUUUUAAAGUGUGUGCAACUGCAUAUGAAUUACAAUCUAUUGAUCAACAUACAAUAUGUAGGCUAAGUAAUACUUGUAUAAUGUAUACAUACAUAUAUGUUGAUGUGUGUAGCUUUAGACAUGUAUUACAUAGUGGCAGAAUGCUUGACAUUAAUACACACAUACCCUGUAAGUAGUCAAUGUCCAUUCAUAUCAGCCUGAAAUAGUAAAAGUAUACACCAAUGCUCAUUUGCAACAAAACUUUGCAGUAUAUUUAAUUUUAGUAAAGCAUUGAAUAGAAAGUAAAGAAGGUGAUGUCAUUUUACAAAUCACAGGCCACAUUUUAAAUGAGUUGCCUUUGCCUCCAUUUCUGGUUGAUAAUAGUUGAACUUAAUGUCCACAUAAGUUCAUAAUUAUUAUAAUAUUUAUAUUGUAUUCACUUGAGGGAGAUUGGUGCAAUUAAUACAUAAGCAAAACUAUCUUGGUGGUCAUGUGACCUUAUUUGACCAAUCACACUUUAUCAUUCAUGGCAAUGUGACCUUACUCGACCAAUAAUGCUUCAUUAUUCAUGCUCAUGUGACAACAUUAUUUGCACUGUUCUACAGCUGGAUGACGCUAAUUACAGGUAGUAUCAUUCAAGAUGAUUGUUUUUUGAUAAAGCAACGAUUUCAGCUAAACUAAGUUGAAUCUUGAU